AUGUCGGAUUUCCAUGGAACUAUACAAAAGAGACAUAUCGACCAAUUGGUACUUGAAUAUCUUAUUCAGGAAGGAUACGAAGAGGGGGCAUUGGCAUUCGCCGAGGAAUUGAAUGUGGACCUUGAACCUCAAUCUAAACCACAACUAAUUCCCACAACAAAUGGUGAUCAAGCAAGUGUCACAAGCUCAGGGCAGCAUAGUCGCCAACAAACAUUGAAAGGAAACUUGCAAAAUCUCAGCAAGCUCCCUGAUCACGAAUUUUCUGACGUUAUCUUGAAUUAUUAUAGCAGCAGCAGCAGCAGCAGCAGCAGCAAUAGCAACAGCAACAACAGCUACAACAACAACAACAACAACAACAACAAUAGUAAUAAUAACAAUGACACUAGUGGUAACCACAACAGUUAUGCCAACACCCCAUCAAUUUAUAAUCGAAACGCCAAGUUUACUUCCGGGUAUUCCACAAUUAGUCAAAGACAGGAAAUCAAACGAUUGAUUUUAAAUGGAGAAAUCACAUCAGCAAUCACCAAAAUCAGUCGAUGGUUCCCAAUAAUUCUUGAUUCAAACAACCUCCUCCAUUUCAAACUAUUGCGCCUUAACUUGAUCGAGAUGAUUAGAAACCACAAGUUCUCCUCACACCUGGAAUCCGAUGAACGAAAGUUUUUGAAUGACAUCUUGACAUUUGUUCGACAAAAUUUAAUCAACAAGAUAUCAAACCUGCACAAGCUAUUGAAAGAACUCGAGUUCACAAUGAGUCUCUUGUGUUUUAGAUUUGAUCCUUUGGUGCUGGAUUUAGAAGAUCAAAAGGAAUUGCCGUUAGAAUUGAGGAAUUUCUUCAACAAGAAUAUCCGAAAUCAAGUAUUCCGAUUGGUUAAUAAGGAAAUCUUGGACAUGUAUGAGGUAAAGUCACUUUCCGAUUACGAUAAAGGAUAUGACAAUGAUGACCUCAUAGAUGAGCUCAGACUCAAAAUUGAGUAUGGGAAUGAGACACCCCCCAUGGGUGGAGGCGAUGCUGGCAUUUACGACUCAUCACCUAAACCAAUUGUGUAUACGGGCCCUGCCUACGAAAGUUUUUCAUUUGAAAACACUGCAAAUAUCCAAGAUGAUAUGGAUGAGUUUGAGUCUGAUUUUGAGGAUUUGGAAGAAGGAGAACAAGAAGAUGAAGGUAGGGGAUGGGACCAACUUGUUGAUGUCAAUCCUGGACAAUCAAUUGCAAAGACGUCUCCAUCAGAGGUUUACAAAGGAGAGAAGGUGAUUCGAAAAGACGCGAGCUCAAAGAACGAGGAUGAAGUUGAAAGUUUACUUGGAUUAGCGAUGGAGAGCAAGUUGGAGAGUCUUGUCAAGUUAUUUGUCUUGACGGAAAAGAAACGGCAAUCUUUCGAACUGUCUCCUUCUCGUAAAACUUUUGAAAUUAAAGAAGGCAGUUCAAUUCUAUGA